CGUGCAUGACCUUUUAUCAUAUUACAAAUAUAAAUAAUAAAAUAUAUGUGUGUAGAGUACCAAUUGAGCACAGAUGAUGUGAAAAAAUAUUGCUUGAUCGAGAUUGAGAAGUUGUUAAGGAAAAGGUGCAGAUCACUGCGAGAUUUUGUGGGAAUGCCAAUGCCACCUGAAUCCGAUAUUCCUUCCAUUGAAGACACCAUAAUUCAUGAAGAGUUUAAGUAUGACAAAUCUACUAUGGCUGAGACACAUGCAAAAUUAUUGAAAAACAUGAAUGAAGAGCAACGAAGUGUCUAUGAUAAAAUCAUGGCAUCUGUUGACGGGACAAGUGGAGGUGUCUUCUUUUUGUAUGGUCACAGUGGCACUGGAAAAACAUAUGUAUGGAAGACUUUAUCAGCAGCAAUAAGAUCACGAGGUCAAAUCGUGUUAAACGUUGCAUCGAGUGGGAUUGCAUCACUUCUUCUUCCUGGAGGACGUACUGCGCACUCAAGGUUUGCUAUUCCACUCAAUGUUACUGAAGACUCAACCUGCA